CAUGGCGCCAGCUAACAGAGAUUCAUCGGAGCUCACCAUCCUUAAAGCAAAGGAGCUGAGGCCUCUACAGGCAGAAACGGCCUCCUCCACUGACAGCCCCAGGACUCAGAAUCUUAAGUUCUUGAGGACAAAACGAGUAGAGUAUUUUAUUGGCACACAUGAGACCACAGAUACAACCAAAACACAGGAAACUAUACUGCUUUCAAAUUAUGAAAACCCCUUGAAUGGCAUAAACCCCUUAAACUCUCCUCAGGACCUCUGUAGAGAAGCCUAUGGUGGGACCUUGGGUUUAGUUGGUGAAAGAGGAAAGAAUGAUCCGGACAGGCAACUUCUCAGUGACCCAUGUGUUCCAGAACACCAGAAACUGAGGCAUGUGUUAACCUGGGCUCAGAACUUUACUAGAGUGCAGGGGUCCCGUACAAAAACUGAAGAUGAACAGGGAACUAUCAGUACCCAGCAAAUAGACAAAGGUUUUGAAGAAGAGCAGGAGCAGAACUUCAGCAGAACCUACACAGUUAGAGACACAGGGGAAUCCGGGGGCGUGUUAUCCACAAUGACAGAAGAGUGUCAAGAUGACCCUGCAAAUCUAUCCAUAAGCAAAAGGAAUAACAGUUCAUAUUCCAUCCCCCCCAGCAGGCCACUGACCCAACAUCACGUAGCCGCGCUCUGCCAGAACCGUGACGCUAGAGCUCCAUGCCAUAGCGCUAUCCUUGCAUGUAAACAGCACAGGAAUCCUAUUGGUGAAGAUACGUUCUUCCACAGUGAGGACCAAGUGUGUUUUCCGUUUUAUAAUAAAGACAAGUCACGACAGGUAUGUUUCUCCCUACAUGAACCAGUGGACAUCUCUGCUUGUGCUUCUCGUGGCGGCGCUGAGUAUCAUGUACCGAGGAUCCCUAAAUAUCAAACUGUCGCUCAAACUUGCGACCUUUCAAAUAACUUGUCUAAAAGCACACUUUCUGAAGGAAGGAUCUUUGGAGCAUCAGGUAUGCUGGAGAGCAUGGUCAGAUGUGAAGAACAGGAGGAUGAGGAAGAAGAGAUGGCAGAGAAAAACAAUGUGGUCACCUCAUACCAUUCCUGUAGGCCAACACAGCCUGGUGUGGAGAGACAGAACUCUGAUUCCAAGCUUAAGGGUUUUUUAGGAGAAAAAGGAGCAGAGGUUCCUGCGUGGGAGAGCUCCAGCCUGCUGUAUAAAGGCAAUUGCUGCAGGCAGAAUCAACCUUGGAUGACGCCCUGUCACGUCCUCCUGGAGAGUCCUGAAAUAAGACCUGGCAGCGGCAAGAAAGAUAGAGAGGAGUGCCGAAUACGAGACAGCCUGGAUACCUUUCCAUCAGCUUCAGAGUCCUCCAGAUGCAGAGUCAAGGAUGGUCCUGAUUGUGUGGGCACAUGCUGGUCAGAUGGAAAUGCUGCCUCUAAAUACUUACAUGAAGCAUUGAGACCCCAAAAAGCCCGUCUUGGACUUUUUGAGGGAGAGUCUCACCACAUUAGUAAUAUCAGUGGCAUGACCUGCUUUGACAGAUCUGGUCAAAACACUCAUCCACGCUUGCAUGUUCCACACAGCCUGAGUAUUUAUGAGGAAUACCUACUCUAUAAGGCUUGUAUUGUUGACUAUAAAAGACAGCAGGCCCUACAACACCCUCAGGUGUUCUGUGGGAGAGCCGGGGCUGAUGCAGUACAAUUACUCCCAGAACAAUUCAAGGAUACCACUGGCUGCCUCCAGCAGCAUGAAGAGAACAGGGAUAUAGCAGACAGAGUACAGGAUGAAGGGCACAAGGCUGAGGUUGACAACGUCCUUCAGGAUGAAGGAGACACAGUGAAAUCUGAUGGAAGGCUGAAAGCGGGAGGAACACAUCAGCUGGCUGGACUGCCAUGUGUGGCAAACAGGGAUGGGACAGGAAUAUUCAAUCACGGGCUUGUUGGCUCUGUGGAAAACCAGUACCAGAAUGCAGAGAGCGUGGCUGGAUUGCUAAACCCAACUUCCAUCCGUGAACCUUUGACUUGCAAGCAGACGGGUGGUGAAACUACUGUAAUACCGAUGUCAAUUCUGUGUGACCCUGCGGAGGGCCUGGCAGGAAAGGCCUGUGGUGAGCAAGGAGAUAAGGGAACGACUGCGAAUUGCAGCACAUCUGGAAGAAACAAAUUACAAGGUGUGUCCCCAGGGCUACAGUCUAGACGGUAUGGAGAGAGAAGACACUGGGGACGAUCAAGCUUAUCCUGGUCAUCAUUCAGCCAUGGGCAGCUGUUGCCAAGGUCUCAGGCUCGGAACAGACCUUCAUCUCUGGCGGGGAGUAAGUCCUCCUCGGCAGGUACUCUAAGGCCUGGACCCCAGCAUGAGGACAGGCUAUUGACGGCUGGAAGGGUGGCCUCUUCAUUAUCCUGCUCUCCUCAACAAAGCCACACCAAAGCAGAAGUACUACCUCCGCAAGCUAAUAACCUUUCAGAGGCUGGAAAAUGCACGAACAUUACUGGGGCCAGCGUCUCUGUGCCAUGGCUGUCCCUCCCUGAUGAGCUGUGGAUGUGCAUCCUGUCACUGGUACGGCACAGCGACCUGGUCCGCCUUGCGACGGCCUGUCAUCGACUUCGCCACCUGGCCCAUGAGAAGAAGCUGUGGGAGGAGGUUCGAUUUGAGGAUCAGCCCUGUCUGACUGACCAGUUCCUGAGCAGUGUGGGUAGGCAUGGUCCUCGUAGGCUGACCUUGAACAGGUGCAGACGUUUGCAAGUUACCUCCAGGGGGCUGGAUGACUUGUUUGCACAGUGCAAAAACACCCUUCAGGAACUAAAGAUGAUCAGCUGCAGUGGGCCUGGUUUCCACGGAGACGACGUGCUGCUGUCCUGCAGCCGUCACUGUUCCCACCUGACCGCUGUGGACAUGAGCUGGACAGGAGUCACAGAUGCUGGCAUCACUGCUCUGGUCACUGCUUGUGCCAGCCUGGAGAAAGUGGCAGUUAAUGGGUGUCGAAUGACGGACGAGGCCAUCAAACUGCUGAUCGGUAGACGUGGGAAAAGUCUCCGUAGACUGGAGCUGUUUGGCUGCCCCUCUCUCAGCACGGACUGUCUGAACACUGUGGCACAGAACUGUCCCAACCUGAAAGGUCUGAACAUCGGAAAGAUUCCAAAGAUAUCAAAUUCCUGCUUAACCAACAUGAUGUCCGAUCUCAAGUAUCUGGGCUCACUGGAUCUGACUGGACUCCAUUCAGUGCAUGACCAGACCGUCCACCACAUUGUCUGCCAGUGCCUGGAGCUGCGGAGCCUGACGCUGAGCUCGUGCCCCCAUGUCACAGAUGCCAGUAUGACGGAGAUCAGCACCUACUCCUGCUCCAUUAGGCACUUGGAUGUGAGUGGAUGUAAGACGAUAACAGACAGAGGGAUCCAGGCAAUAGCCAUGUCCAGCCUCCAGCUGCAAGACCUGGACCUGAGCCUGACAUCAACAGGAAGCAGAGGUGUCCAUCUCCUGGCAAAUUACUGCUACAGGUACCUGAGGACAGUGAAACUGAGCUUUUGCUGUGUAUCUCAGGAUGCAGUCAGGAAACUCUGCAGACACUGCAAAAGACUGAGGCUGCUGCAUCUCUUUGGCUGCCAUAACGUCCGCAACAUUAAAGAGUUAAAGGAGAUUAACAGGAAUACUGAAGUGCAGUGUGAUCGCUCAGACCACCCGGAUAACAGGGUGCGUCAACAGGAGACAAUUCAAACUUCAUUCCCCAGCUGAAAGUGGUGCUUCAUGGUUUCCACUGAAAUACAGUGGUACCCCAGAACUCGAAAUUAAUCCGUUCAGAUCUUCGGACCGAAUCCUAAAAAGUU